AUGGUCCCGCUGCGGCACCGGGCGAGCGCUACCAAAGAGGAAAGAAUAGUUAUCCUGGAAACUGAAAAUGCUGCUCUUCAUCUAAAACUUGCAGAGUACCAAGAAUUGGCUAGAAGAAGCACUAAUGAAGUAUUGCAGCUCUACUUUGCUCAUGGACAGCAGCAGAAAUUGCGGAGGAGUUCUGCUGUAAUCCAGCUGCAUGGAGCAAUAAAGAGGCUUAAGCAGGACCUGAAGAGCCUCCAUUCAUUUGCUCUUGAGCUUUCAAAAGACUUUCAGCGUCAAUGCAAGACUUAUCUUUACAGAGUUUUGACAGCAGUCCAAGGGAUACAGCUGCAAAAUGAAGCAAUGCAGAUGUUUCAGAUAAAAGCUUUUGAUCUUGAGCAGUCUCUACAAGAGGUGACAGAGAGAUAUGAGAAAGAAAAGCAAAAGAGGAGAUCUCUACAUAACAGCUUAGUUGAACUGAGAGGAAAUAUCAGAGUCCACUGCAGGAUCCGACCAUUACUACCUUUUGAUACUGCUGCUGGACAUUUGAUAUCACAAGACAGGCAAAGAAACUUUUCAGAAAAAGUGGUGUAUGCCGCUGAUGACGAAACUGUCCUUGUAAAGUGUAGCCGCCCUGGUCAUGCAUCAAUAAACAAGACUUUUCAGUUUGAGAGAGUUUACAAUGCUUCAGAGUCUCAAGACACAGUAUUUCUGGAUGUGGCCCCUUUGCUAACAUCUCUUCUGGAUGGGUACAAUGUGUGUAUCAUGGCUUAUGGGCAGACUGGAAGUGGGAAGACAUAUACAAUGUUGGGACCACAGUUAGAGGAGACCUUUGCACGCUCCAGAGAAGAUGACUCAGAACUUGGUAUUAUUCCUCGAGCUUCUCAAGAAGUGUUCAGGCUUAUUUCAGAAAAGCCACCAGGAAGUUACUGGGUUGAGGUUUCUGUUGUAGAAGUGUAUAAUAAUGAAAUUUUUGAUCUUCUGGCCAAAGACAGUUGUGGUAAAGUACUCGGCGUCAAACGUGAUGUUGUCACAACCAGAGAAGGAAAGAGCGAUGUUCCGUUGCUUACGUAUGAGACUGUUGAAAAUGCAUCUGAAUUUUUGCAUCUAGUCAACAAAGGUGUGCAGCUGAGAGUCAGGCACCCAACACUGGUGCAUGCUCAUUCCUCUCGAUCUCAUCUGGUAGUUACAUUGACCAUAACCACAAUUGUCUCUGGAGAUAACUUUGGUACUUCAUGGGAAGAUGAACAAACCAGUCAGAGACUACAUAAAGAGGUUUCUUGCACCUUUCCACAAAAAAUGAGAGACAGUAAAUCCACUUCUUCCAGACCCUCUUCCCCAGCACAACUUGAAGCAACUGAGAAAAUGAAGCAAGUCAAAACUAGAUUGCAGCUGGUGGACCUGGCUGGGAGCGAGUGUGUUGGUAUGUCUGGAGUGACUGGUGCAGCACUGAGAGAGACAUCAUUUAUUAACCGCAGCUUGUCUGCCCUGGCAGACGUUCUUGGAGCAAUAGCAGAACAGCGACCUCACGUACCGUAUCGAAACAGCAAACUUACGCAUCUGCUUCAGGACUCUGUAGGAGGUGAUGCUAAACUGUUGGUGAUGCUGUGCAUCUCUCCUGACCAGAAGUACUUAACAGAAUCGAUGCAGUCUCUGGGAUUUGGAACUCGUGCUCGGCAAGUUCAGAGAGGACAAGUCAGGAAAAAAAAUUUCACAGUGCUGAGUAAAGCAAAAUAA